AUGGUACUCGUGUCGUCGACGGCCUUUCUGCCCCAGCUCGCGAGCCUCUUCCAGACGUCGCUUCCCGGCGGCAGCGGCGCCGUGACGGUCCGGACUAAGAGCGUGGCGUCGACCAAGGUCGGCAAGCAGCUGCGGGCCGACGCUGUCGCCGCCGGCCCCAGCGUCUACCUCGUUCGCGCCUACAAGAACGGCAACAACAAGCACAAGGCCAAGCUCUCAACCAUCGUGCCGCCGGCGUCCCAUGCUGCGUUCCAGGCCGAGCUCACCAAGGUCAUGAAGGCCAAGAUGCAAGGGCUCAAGAAGCCCAAGCGACACGCCAGCCAACACUAA